UAUGGGCUCGGGUAACCAGCCUGGCCCGCGAACUGAGGAUAGGGUAUCUCCGUAGGGGCGUGGCUUGCGGGGUCUCGCUUUCCCGCCGACGGUUGGCCCCGUCACGUGACAUGGGCUGGAAGAUGGCGUCUCCCACAGAUGGGACGGAUUUGGAAACAUCUUUGCUAAGUUUUGAGAAACUUGACCGUGCCUCGCCAGAUCUUUGGCCUGAACAAUUACCAGGUGUUGCUGAAUUUGCUGCUUCUUUCAAGAGUCCCAUCACUAGCUCUCCACCCAAAUGGAUGGCUGAAAUAGAACGUGAUGACAUCGAUAUGUUGAAAGAGCUGGGGAGCCUCACCACAGCUAAUUUGAUGGAGAAGGUACGAGGGCUCCAGAACCUGGCCUAUCAGCUGGGACUGGAUGAGUCCAGAGAAAUGACAAGAGGAAAAUUCCUUAACAUCCUAGAGAAACCCAAGAAGUAGCAACUGCUUGUGCACAGUGUCCUGAAGACCAUAACCAAGUCCCCUUCCCAGUGUGGCUCUGACAAUGCACACCACAUGCUUCCAUGGGAAAGACUGGCUUCUCCCCUACUCCUGGCACUCUGCACCUCUGAGACAUCUGGAAGCAAGAAAGAAUCUGUUCUACCCAAGGAUCAUUGCCAUUCACUGAGCUGGCUUCAUAGCUCUGGCUACGAGCGGUAACGCGGCAGUCCUGUCAUCUGAGAGGUCCUUUCCAAAGGUGAUCAGGAGGCUCGGGAUCUUUUAAUUACUUUAUUCUGUAAUGGCAAAGUCAGUAGUGACAAGUCGAUUAAUGGGUUCUGUUGAGUUGUACUUGGUCUUUUUAAAGAGCGUUCAUGAUGAAGACAUCAGAGAUCAACUACUUGCUGGACCAGACUACGCACGCAUCUUGACCUGUGAACUGUCAGAUCUAAUGGAUUCUCUAACUUCCAUUCUGAAGGAAACAGAGUCUUCUUGAGAUGUACAUCUGCUUUUUUAAGGCUAUACCUCCAAUGACACUCUCACCCUUAAGCACUGUCCAUCCCUCACCUCCCAGGCCACCUUGCAGUUCUGACUCUAGACUAGUGGAGCCCUUGUAGUGACUCUCUCGAGUGAAAGGCUCAUGCUGUGUCACCCUGAGUUCUAGACUUCCAGACUAGUAUGAAGGCAUCAAAAGGAGCUCUGCUCAGUCUGUUACGUUUGUAAGUGAAAGAGGAGUGUGAACCGGUGGUGGGAGGACACGGUUGUGCGAGCUCCCGUUUGGCUGAAAACAAAGCCUGAUGACUUAGUGCUGUGGCUUGGUGACAGCGCUUUGUCCCUUCUCCUCUCAGCCACGUGUCAGAUACUCGCUUAUAUGAUAGACACACCCAUGUGAAAAUGUUCUGGCUUAAAUGCAGCUCUCGCAGAUUUUUUUGCUAGUUGUAUGUAUCUGCUAACAUCUGAAAAACUUGCCCAUGGGUAAAAUGGAUUAGACCUAGCCUCAUGUUUUUGAAAAACGCAGAGAAUUCCCUCAAUAUUAUGGAAGAAAAGCUCUGUGACCAUCGUCCAGUGGGAGUUUGGACACAGGAGAAGCUGUGGCCAUGUAUUGUUAGGGCACAGUUCUCCUGAGGUUCACCAAGGGUGAACCUUGACCAUUCGUGACACUUGUGCCUAAUGCUAGAGUUGAUGUUGAAUUUUCCCUUCAUUAGUGCUAUGUGAUCGACACAGUUUUACUUUUUGAAAGGAAGAGGAAUGAAAUAUGUCCCAUGAAAGAUAAGUAUGAGAAGAGAAACAUUCUGCUGGAGUACUCCCUUGAAGGGCCAGUUGAUUUUAAGCUUAAGUCUGUGAUUGACAUUUUUUAUCUCACUAAAUGCGGUUAAAGUGAGUGUAUACGAAUGGUCAAAAAAUAAUGCCAUGUGUCAGAGUUUUUUCUUCACUCUGUUAUUGAGAGUUGAUGGCAUCAGGCACUUUUCAGAGUUUGGGGAUAUUGAAAAGUAUGUGGAGAAUACUGGGUUAGCUCCCCAAACCAACUCGUCUGUAAUGGGAAGCCAGUAGUUGGUGUUUUGAUCUGCUAUGGCCUCCUCCUUUUUCUGUCAUCCUAUUCACCAGCACUUAAAUUAAUAUAAGUAGAUGUUUUAGAAUUGUGAUAUUUAUUGUUUUUGUAUUUGUCAUCCUUAGAAAUGUUAAUGAUGUAUUUUUAUAUUGAUAAUAUAAAUUUAUGUAAGUAUGUAUAUGUAUUUUAGAAUGUUAGAGGGUUAUUCUUUACGUAUGUGUCUUUAUAAUAAAUAUGUCCCUUGU